CGGUCUCGACAGUCUCUUGAAAACUGGACAGGGGGUUUCAAAUUCAUUGAAGAACAAACUCCGAAGAUGACGUCUCAGCAGGUGUGGAGCUUCCUGCCAGUUGCAGCUCUUCUCCUCCUCCUGUCCGUCCACACGUCGGCUGAGGUGGUGAAGUCGAUGUCGGACUGUAGCCAGUUUUUCCUUGACCAAACUCCGCCACAUAUUCCAGGCGUUCUGGAGGAUGGGAAGAUCCUCAAUCAGAACCGAUACAAACCCAUUUGCCAGACCUACGAGAACCAAAGGAGAUUUGUCACUCUCUACGAUACCAAAAACAAGAUUCCAGUGUUUUCUGCUUUCAGGUUUGUUAAAGUAGUAGACACGAAGAAACCCGAAAACUGGUGGAGUAUAGAACCACAGCUGGAGGAUGAAACUGCAGACAAGAACAUGCAGCUAGGAGAGAGAGACGAGGAAUACGACCACCAGGCUGGUGACGUAGAUUACAGGGACAACAAUAUGUUUGACAGAGGUCACAUAUUUCCCAGCUCUUAUGCCUCAACCAAGGAUGAUAAAAUAUCGACUUUUACCCUGACGAACAUCGUUCCCCAAGCUAAGUCCUUCAACAACGGCAGCUGGUACAAGAUGGAGCAGCGCGUCAAAUGCAUCAUGGAGAAGCACUGCAUCAACAGCCAUGGUGAUACCGAAGGCUUUGUGGUGACUGGAGCACAACCCAGCUCUGGUAACUUCCUCAACAACAGGGUCAACGUUCCCUCUGCACUCUGGUCGGCGUUCUGCUGCUACAGCGCCAACAAGGAAGCAUGGAUUGCAAGCGCACACUGGGGCGACAACGUUGAAGAGCCCAAAAAAAAAAUUCUGGACACUAUUACUCUGAAGGCCCUGUACCAGAAACUGAGCAUGUCCAAGUCUGAUUUUUUAUUUUCGGGGACAAAUUGUCCUCUCCAAACAACCGUCACCAAGUUUGACCCAAAAAUUUAAAAAAUCUGCUCCUGUUCACCAACCAAACCAUUAUUUCCACAUGUUUUCCUUUAAAAGUGGAUCAGAUCGCUGCAGCUGAUCCAGAACGCUGCUGCCCGCGUCCUCACUAAGACUAA